UCGCAGCUCCGCUAUGACAUUUUCCAGUCAUCGAUUCCCUCAUCUUCCAUGCCUCUCUGACCCUUGCUUCUCCCUCCCCCUCUCCGUCUCUUUCUCUCUCUACCAGCCAUGGAGGUUCUGCGGCCCGCCGGCUCCGUCUCUUCUCCCGGCCGGCGCCUCUCGAUGGCGGGGUCGAGACCGGCGAGCCUCCGGAGGACCCAGCUGGGGUUCGUGUCCAGCAUUCGCGCCAGGCCCGUCGGGCUGGACUGUUCCCGCGGCGGAGCUUGUGGGGUGAGUGGGAAGGCGUGGGGGCGGCUGCAGGGGGCGAGGUGCACGGCGGAGGGGAUCGAGAGGGGCCUGCUGUUCGGGGACAGGGGCGGCGGCGGCGGAGGGGCCGAGGCGGCGGCGGCGGAGGGCGGCAUCGGGGUGGCGGUGCCGGAGAGGUUCAAGAUGGUGGCGCUGAUGGCGUGCGCGAUGUGCCUGUGUAAUGCCGACCGGGUGGUGAUGUCCGUCGCCGUGGUCCCUCUCGCCGCCACGCACGGCUGGUCCAGCUCUUUCCUCGGCAUCGUCCAGUCGUCCUUCCUGUGGGGGUACGUGUUCUCGUCAGUGGCCGGAGGAGUGCUGGUCGACAAGUACGGCGGGAAGAGGGUGAUGGCGUGGGGCGUGGCGCUGUGGUCGCUGGCCACUCUUCUCACCCCUUGGGCUGCCAACCACUCGACGGUCGCCCUUCUGGCCAUCCGCGCGUUCUUCGGGCUCGCUGAGGGCGUCGCUCUUCCCUCCAUGAGCACUCUCUCGUCGAGGUGGUUCCCGAGCCACGAGCGAGCGAGCGCGGUCGGGAUAUCAAUGGGCGGAUUUCACCUCGGCAACGUCGUAGGCCUAGUUCUCACCCCGCUGAUGAUGUCGUCCGUCGGCAUUUCAGGUCCAUUCCUUCUCUUCUCGUCGCUUGGACUGCUUUGGGUAAUGAAGUGGGCCAACGGAGUGACCAGCCACCCCCGAGAGAGCCGAUUUGUCAGUGCAUCUGAGCUGCGACUGAUCGAAGAUGGAAAAUCGAAUGCUGCGGUCCGGAACGGAGAGAUGCCGUCGAUCCGUGUUUUGUUGUCGAAGCCGGCGGCGUUGGCAAUCAUACUGGCCAACAUCACCAACAACUGGGGAUACUUCGUUCUGCUCUCAUGGAUGCCCGUCUACUUCAAAACUGUGUUUAACAUAAAUCUGAAGCAAGCGGCUUGGUUUAGCGCGGUUCCAUGGGGAACAAUGGCAGUAUCUGGGUACAUCGCCGGCGCAGCAUCUGAUAAUUUGAUCAAGGCCGGGUACUCUUUGACGCUAGUGCGAAAGGUCAUGCAGUCGAUCGGUUUCAUCGGGCCUGGAAUUGCAUUGCUCGCUUUGAAUUAUGCCAACUCGCCAGCCGUCGCCGCCUUAUUCAUCACAGUGGGACUAAGCCUCAGUUCGUUCAGUCAGGCUGGCUUCCUCCUAAAUAUUCAAGAUAUAGCUCCAAACUGUGCAGGAUGUCUUCAUGGUAUUGCCAAUUCAGCAGGAACAGUUGCUGCAAUAAUCAGCACGAUUGGUACCGGUUACUUCGUGCAGUGGCUUGGAUCCUUUCAAGCAUUCCUUACGGUCACUGCCGCUCUCUAUUUCGCCACUACCAUAUUCUACAAUCUUUACGCUACCGGAGACCGAGUUUUCUAGACGGAGACUUCAUCGAUUCCUUAUUGUCGCCGUCGUCGGGACAAAGCAAGUGGGUCUCAUUUAAAAGCCAUAGCUAUGAUUCAAAUUUUGUGUAUUUAGGUUCUUAGUACAGUUUGAAAAAGCAGUUCAAUGCUGUACAUAUAGCUUAUUCUUUGUUUUUCCCUAUUCACUUGAACUCUUAUCCCUCAUAUUCUGUCAAUUGUAACUCUACCAAAUGAGUGAAAACUAGAAAAGGCCAUUCCUGCAUCACAUUCAUUGGUGAGAUUACUUCACUAA